UUGCGGGGUUUUGUGUGAUUUAUUUUGGUGGUUUUGUGGUUUUUUUGUCCGUAUUUCUGUGUUUCCACACGUGUUUUCCCGGCUCGCAGCAGUGGUGGUGGAUAUCGCAGCCAAACGGGGCCGCUUUUCCGGAGGUUGUUGUGUAUCCCCUCAUCCGUGUUUUGUGUCUCUCCUCAGGAAAAAGUUUGGGCUCUGCUCGAAUCUUGGGCCGGAUCCUGGAAAAAACUGAAAUGGUGCCUGUAAAAGCAGCGAAAUCCUCUCUCGUUGUGCCCCCCGCGCAUCUGCUCCUGGAGUAAUUUCCUGUGCGGGUUUGGGACCUGGAGUGGGGUAAAAAUGCCUGAGAUCAAAGUCACCCCCUUGGGUGCUGGGCAGGACGUGGGCAGGAGCUGCAUCCUGGUGUCCAUCGCUGGCAAGAACGUGAUGCUGGACUGUGGCAUGCACAUGGGCUACAACGACGAUAGGCGCUUCCCUGACUUCUCCUACAUCACCCAGAACGGCAGGCUGACUGAUUUCCUGGACUGUGUCAUCAUCAGCCACUUCCACCUGGACCACUGUGGGGCUCUGCCCUAUUUCAGUGAGAUGGUGGGCUAUGAUGGCCCCAUCUACAUGACCCACCCCACCAAGGCCAUCUGCCCCAUCCUGCUGGAGGACUACAGGAAGAUCACCGUGGACAAGAAAGGGGAGACCAACUUCUUCACCUCGCAGAUGAUCAAGGACUGCAUGAAGAAGGUGGUGGCUGUGCACCUCCACCAGACUGUGCAGGUGGAUGAGGAGCUGGAGAUCAAGGCUUACUACGCAGGCCACGUGCUGGGAGCUGCCAUGUUCCAGAUCAAGGUUGGCUGUGAGUCCGUGGUCUACACUGGUGAUUAUAACAUGACACCAGACAGACACUUGGGGGCUGCCUGGCUGGACAAGUGCCGCCCUGACCUGCUGAUCACCGAGUCCACCUACGCCACCACCAUCCGCGACUCCAAGCGCUGCCGGGAGAGGGAUUUCCUCAAGAAGGUGCACGAGACCGUGGAGAGAGGGGGCAAGGUUCUCAUCCCAGUGUUUGCCCUUGGCCGUGCCCAGGAGCUCUGCAUUCUGCUGGAGACCUUCUGGGAGCGGAUGAACCUGAAGGCCCCCAUCUAUUUCUCCACGGGGCUGACGGAGAAGGCCAACCACUACUACAAACUCUUCAUCACCUGGACCAACCAGAAGAUCAGGAAAACCUUUGUGCAGAGGAACAUGUUCGAGUUCAAGCACAUCAAAGCCUUCGACAGAGCCUUCGCUGACAACCCCGGGCCCAUGGUGGUGUUUGCAACCCCUGGGAUGCUCCAUGCAGGACAAUCCCUGCAGAUCUUCAGGAAAUGGGCAGGGAAUGAGAAGAACAUGGUGAUCAUGCCUGGCUACUGUGUCCAGGGCACUGUGGGCCACAAGAUCCUCAGUGGGCAGAGGAAGCUGGAGAUGGAAGGAAGACAAAUUCUGGAGGUGAAGAUGCAGGUGGAGUACAUGUCCUUCAGUGCCCACGCCGAUGCCAAGGGCAUCAUGCAGCUGAUCCGGCAGGCCGAGCCCAGGAACGUGCUGCUGGUGCACGGCGAGGCCAAGAAGAUGGAGUUCCUGAAGCAGAAAAUCGAGCAGGAGUUCCUGACCCCCUUGGAGCUGGAGUUUUUGCUGCUGUUCCCUCUGCAGAUGUCAGCUGCUUCAUGCCGGCCAACGGAGAGACCACCACCAUCCUCACCAACCCCUGCAUCCCCGUGGACAUCUCCCUGGGCCUGCUCAAGAGGGAAACUGCCACAGAGUUUCAGGCUGGUUUCCCCCGAGCAGGCCCUGAAGGAGCUGGGGCUGGCCGAGCACCAGCUGCGCUUCACCUGCCGCGUGCACAUCCAGGACCCGCGCAAGGAGCACGAGACCGUGCUCAGGGUCUACAACCACCUCAAGGGGGUGCUGAAGGAUUACUCGGUGCAGCACCUCCCUGAUGGCUCCAUCACCGUGGAGUCCAUCCUGAUCCAGGCCACGGCUCACUCCGAGGACCAGGCCACCAAGGUCCUGCUGGUCUCCUGGACCUACCAGGUGGGAAUUCCUCAUUUCCAAUCCCAAUCCCUCCAUCCCAAACCUCCCUCUCUGCUCUCCUGGACCUACCAGGUGGGAAUUCCUCAUUUCCCUCCACCCCAAUCCCUCCCUGCUGGUCUGGACCUACCAGGUGGGAAUUCCUCAUUUCCAAUCCCAAUCCCUCCAUCCCAACUCUCCCUGCUGUCUCCUGGACCUACCAGGAUGAAGAGCUGGGCAGUUUCCUGACCUCCCUGCUGAAGAAGGGGCUGCCCCAGAGCCCCCCCUGAGAGCCCCCCCAGCCAGGUUUAAUUUGAUUAUUUUGAUUUUCUUCACAUCCUCGGUGCUUUUUUCUGCUCGGUUUUAAUAAAAGAAUUCCAGGGUUUGUCCAA